ACCACAACUAUAUUUCUCUUCCAUUUCACCCCUCAUAAAAGCCGUAGCAAAGCCAGCUCAAAACGCUAUCAUUUCCUCCAUGGCUGUUGAAGCUAGGCAUCUCACUCUUUUCCCCUCUCCAUUCUUAGGGAACGGGGACAUGAUGAAUCACGUUGAAGCAAACGGGAAUCUGUAUCCGGCAGAGAUGGAAUACGGGUUUCCAACGGAAGGAUUGCUUCCUUUGUAUAACUCUUUUGUUAACGAUCAAAAAUCUGCAGCGGCGGCGGCGAUGAAAUCGGAAAGUAGUUUGACGUGUAACAAUGUUCUUCCGUUACCCAGAAAGCGCCCGAGGGAUUCCAUUAUUCCAAUCCUUUCGUUUCCUUCACUGGCUCAGCAACAACCGCAUGGCGGUAACAAUAAUAAAGCUUGCUCUCCGUUCUCGUUUCUGGGUCAUGAUAUUUCGCUUCAUAUGGAGCAACAGCAGUUGGAUAUUGAUCAUCUUAUCUCCCAACACACGGAGAAAAUGAGGGUGGAAAUUGAGGAGAAAAGGAAGAGGCAAGCGAGGAAUAUAAUGGAGGCAAUCGAAGGAGGGGUGAUGAAGAAGUUGAGAGCCAAAGAAGAAGAAAUCGAGAAGAUAGGUAAACUAAAUUGGGCACUCGAAGAAAGAGUGAAAUCUCUGUGCAUAGAGAACCAAAUAUGGCGCGACUUGGCUCAAACCAACGAGGCAACCGCCAACGCACUAAGGACCAACCUCGAACAAGUCCUCGCAGCCGCCCAGCUCAAGGGCGAGCGCACUCAUGGAGGCGCGGAGGAGGAUGUCGCCGUGGAACCGGCGGGAGACGACGUGGAUGAUGCGCAGUCUUUUUGCGGCAGCAGUUCGGAGGUGGAGAAGCAGCGCACGUUGGCAGCGACUACCGAGGAAGGUAGCACCGGAGGCAGUGGUGCCGGUCGUGUCUGUAGAAAUUGCGGGAAGGAGGAAUCGUGCGUGCUGCUAUUACCGUGCAGGCAUUUGUGCCUGUGUACCAGUUGUGGGUCGACGGUUCAUACUUGCCCCGCUUGUAAAUCCACUAAAAAUGCAAGUGUUCAUGUUAACAUGUCAUAAACCAAAAAAAAAUCAAAAUACCCACCAAAAAAUC